AUGGCCGCCUCGUUCCACUCUCCUCGCCGCCGACUACGAUCCGCCGCCCCCUUCUCACGCUCCGAACAUUUCGCUUAUUCCUAUCCGAUGAUGCUGAACACGGCUUCUUUGUUGGUUCUGACGGCAGUCGGUGCCGCCGUCGUCGUCGUAGAUGCUCAGAGCGACGAACUGACCGUCCCGGCGGUCCGCGUCGUCCGUCUCCAGGUCGACUAUCGUAACGCCUCCGUUGUCGACAUCCAGAAAAUUAAUAAGUUUGAUUUUUUUAUUUGUUUUAGUUAUUAUUUUUUUGAAUAUUUGAAAAAAAUAUUCCGAAAAUAUUUUUUACAAGAAAAUAUCAAAAUCUAAGAAUUUUUUUAGGAGUUUUUUUAGAUAAGGUAUGGCUUUUUCAUCAAUUUUUUUCCUCAUAUUCUGCAUCUUCCUAAAGUUUUUUUGAGAACGUCUUUGUUUUUUUAAGCUCAUUUCUUCAAAUUUGCAGAAAUUCCCAAUUUUGUAGUUUUUUUAUAUAUUUGUUUGAGUUCUCAAAGAAACUGGAGCCUUGUAUGACUUAGAAUAGAAUUUUUCCGGGUAAUAUUUUUUUCUAAUUUAUUUUUUUAAGGCAAGAUUUUUCAGAAUUUUUCUUUAUUUAGUUUUUUUAUUUGAUUAAAUUUGAAUGUUUUAUCAGUUUUUUUCUGUAAGUCUUUUUCUUUCUUUCUUAACCUUCGAGUAAAGCAAUGUGCGAUUUUUUAAGUUAGACUUUUUUUUAAUCCGAAUCUUCGCUUUUCAUCCAAACUUAUCUAUGAUCGAACUUGUUAGUUUGGUCUUCAAUGAUUCCUUGAUGUUUAUAAGAUUUUUUAUAAUCUCAGUUUCUUUCAUUUCAUUAUAUGAGCUGUGGCUAAGGCUAAUCUUUUCGUGAUUAGCUCUUGUCCUUUGAAUUUAUCCUUUAUAGAGUCAUAGUUCCGAUAAUCUUAUUGCUUUCUGACCAAUUUCUGAGUUCUUUGCCGCUAAUCAUCGAACAUCACUUUUUUCUGGCAUGAUAGCAGAAAGAGUUUCAUGUGCUUAUUUCACACUUCAAACGUUUUUUUAGGAUUUUAUUUUUUUUUUCGAGUGAUGGAAGCAAUGUUAACAAUGCAAAUGAUUUAAAAUCCUUAUUACGGCCGUUUUUUGAACUGAAAGAUGACAGUUGCAGCAAAAUAUUGAAGAUUGAGUUUGAACUUGAACUUGAGCGGAAAAAUCAAGCUAUUUGAUGGGGACAUAUUUGUCUCAGAUGGAACGGCAUCAUGCGGAACAGUGUUUUGGCUUCCCUCAAGUUCAUCAACAAACACUGGCUGAUUUGUGGCGGAUCUCCGCGCGACACGUAGGAUUAUCCCUGUUUUUCCGUGUUUUCCUAGUCCCGUCGCCAUUUCAGGACGCCGAACGACUGCGGAAAAGCGCAAGUGACCGGCGAAAUCGUCGACGAUUCUCACUAUCGCAUCAACGUCACUUUCAUCGCCGAAAGGUUUUUCCAUGGAAAAAUGGUAUUACUGAAUCUUCUCGUUUUCAGAGAUCCCGUAAAAAAUGCCAAGGUUGACGCGACGUCGACCGUUUUUGCCGUGGCCAACAUCGGCCUGAAAGGCGGCAUCUUCCAAUAUACGAAUGCUCUCAAGGUAAACUUCUACACCUUGAAAUUUUUAUGAGUUUAACUUGGGAAGCCAUAUCUGCUUCUAAAAAAUAGCCAGCUUCUAUACUGGAUAAUGCCCUAUCAAAAACUCAAGAAAGUUUUUUUUCCCCAUCGCUCUGAUUUUUAUAUUCUUUUUCACUGCUCACUCUUAAAAAAAUUUUUCUGCCGUGUCGCCCUGAUAAAAUGGCUGUUUUUUGCGUUCAAAAUAGUGUAGUUCAAUGGUUUUAAGUUUUAGUAAUCAUUUGAAAAUCACACUCGUUAUUAUCGUUUGCAUAAUUUUUUUUUUAAUCGUCUCUCGAUCUUCUUCGAGAUUGAAACACACAUUUUUGAGAUGAAGGGAUGACAAAUUGUAGCGAGAGCUUGCAGUUGAAGGUUUUGAAAAAAACGAGGAGUGAUAGAGAAAUUUAAUUAUAUUUUCAAGCAACUAAAGCUAUAAGAAAAUGUCUUAUCUGUUGGAAAUCUCAGUUUACUCUGAGUUGCUUGACUCUCUUUCUCCAAUCAACAGCCGACGGGUUGCAGGUCCUCGGCAAGCCAUCGCCGCAACUCGUGUUCGACGAGGCCUUCUUCUGCUACACCGGAGCGACGCUCGUCGACGGCGACAUGUGCCGUAAGCCCCGAGCACAGCGGAGACUCCGCGACGCGCCGCUCACUCCGAUGCGCGUCCCGCUUCCCCUGAAGCAGCUCCUCGCACUCUGA